GUCUUACCUUUUCGUGCUGCCAGUGACUCUUGUAGCGGCGCUGAGCGAGCAUAACUUUCUCAAAUGUGUUAGGAAAUUGACCCCCAUACCUCGUGUGUAUAUGCUCUUCGAAGCUCCAGAGAAGCGUCAGCAUAGAUCCUGAGUACUCCGCUCUGCCAGAAUGGUAUAGAAUCUUCCAUUUGUUGCAGCUCACUCCAUUUGAGGUGACACACCCGAGGACAGGCUUCGUCGACCCCCCCCCCCUUCCCUGUGCAGCCAUGUUGAUUCGGUGUUCAAAAAAACUAUGGUUGACGUGUUCUUUUGUUGUUCUUCUGGCUGGCCUCGGCUUGGCUCAGGAGGAGGACCAAGACGUCGUCAGAUUCGAACCAGCUGAAUUGAUCCACGUCAUAGAAGGAACGGUUCAUGAGGUCACGUGGUAUACUAUCUUGCCCGACGUCAGCAGGGUGUCGGCGUCUGUGGAGGACCCGACGGUGGCGGAGGUGGUUGGCGCGAGCGACGUGACCCGCAGCGCCCCUGGCGGCAACGCCACGCACUACGGCUCGCUCAACGUGUCCGCCCUUUUUAUCGGCUACAACAAAGUGCGCGUCACGCUCUUCGAUCGGCAGGAUGUUGUGGUCGGCGAGGGGACCCUGGACAUGUCGGUGCUGCUGUCGUAUCAGAAGCUCAACGACAUUUUCACGCUGGCCAUCGGCAUCCUGGUCGCCGUCGUCUACGUCAACAUGGGCGCCACCAUGAACUUGGAAAUCAUCAAAGACAUCAGCAAGAAACCCAUCGGCCCGCUGCUGGGGAUCGUCUGCCAGUACCUGUUCAUGCCACUGAUCGCCUUCGGACUGGGAAAGCUCGCCUUCCCCGGGAACGUGUUGGCGCAGCUGGGGAUGUUCCUGACGGGUUGCUCGCCUGGAGGAGGACUCUCGAACAUGUGGACGUACCUGCUGGGGGGAUCCCUCGACCUCUCGAUUCUCAUGACGUUCACCUCCACGGUCUUCGCCUCGCCACGCUCCCUCUGUGAGGGAACCUAUGCCAGGGUGGCGAAGGUGCUAGAAUGGCUCCUGACGCCCAUGUCCAUCUUCAACGUCAUUUUCAUCUUCACCUUCGGCGUCUACGCGAACCUCUACGUCUUCAGUUUCUUCGACUUGAGGACCAUGCUCGCCGGCUUCGGACUCCCGACCAUCGGCUACCUGAGCGGCCUCGUGAUGGCCAAGCUGUUCCGGCUGCCGAUUCAGGACGUGAUCGCCAUCAGCAUCGAAACCGGGGUUCAGAACGCCAGCGUGGCCGUCUUCAUCCUCAAGUUCACUCUCGAGAAGCCCGCUGGAGACCUUACUGUCGUGUUUCCGGCUGCGUCGACAGUGAUGACCCCGCUCCCUCUCGUCCUCGUGUUCAUCGCGCAAAAAAUCUAUUCCUGCACAGCCAAGUCGAAGUCAGCGGAUAUAGCACCUUUAGAGGGGAAGGCUGGUUUGGAAAACAAGAAAAGCAAUAAAGAAAAUGAAAAGGGAGACAGCAAAGGGAAGCAGAUGAAGAAGCAGUCUGAAGGCGUUGAUAAUCCAGCUGUGCAGUUGCAGGAUGAAGCUGUGUAGCAAGACAGAAGAAAAUCGUAUUGCGCAAAUAGGGAAGGGUACUUAUGUGCGUGUUAGUUUGUGCCCAUUUGUGUGUACGUCUGGUAUUUGGAGAGUGUAUCUGUGAUUGUAUUACUAACUAUGCACAUUUGAAUGUAUAUUUGUUUUAUUAGAGUUGUAUGGUUUUACUUAUGGUAUUAUCACUAGUUUAAUUGAAUUAUAUUUUUAUUAUAAAGUGAUAUUCAUAGAAAAUUCGCCUAUAUUUUACUCCAACAGUAAACGUUUAAAUUACUGUGCAUGUUUCAUCAAAUAUAUAGUAUAUCGUUUCAUAAUUUGUGUCGGGAUACUUCCAAAUAUGUUUUAAUAUUCAUUCAAACACGUUCGAUAAUAUCACACUCACAAACAUUCACCUACAUCCACACAUAUUACAAUCCUAUACUUUCCCCUCCAUUUCGGUCGCCUUUGGGCUGGACACACUCGUCUUCCCAGGGAAUGCGUUGCGCAGCUCGGCAUGU